AACAGUUUGUUAUUGACAACGAAUAAAAUGCACUCACUUGUUUUCCUGGCAGUUAUAAUUUCGGCGACAUGUUUAGUCAACCAUGAUGAAGAAAAUGUGGGUGUCUCCACCUCACCCAUUCUCCUAAACUACAUCUUUAAUCUCGUAAUGAGAGCUGAUAACCUUGCCCAACGCGUAAAAAAACUAGAGAAAAUAAUUACAGAUUCAGAAACCAAGAUAGAAAGAGUGGAACCAUUCAAAAUGUUAGCACAAGGUCCUCAACAAAGUUGCCAUCACGCCCUACAACAGGGCUACUUUGACUCCACUUUUUAUUAUAUCAAGCCCACGCUUGCCAAACGGCCAUUCUUGGUCUUGUGCGACAUGGAGACCCUGAGGGGCGGUUGGACCUACGUCCUCAACAGGUACAACGGGUCUCAAAAGUUCGAUUUACCGUGGCAUUACUACAAACACGGGUUUGGCAACAUCAACGGAGACUUUUGGUUGGGGUUGGACUCCUUACACUAUUUAACAGGUGACCAAAAUAAUGAGCUAUUCGUGGAACUGGAAGAUUGGAACUCGGACAAAGCAUACGCGUUGUACGAUUCUUUUGAAGUUGGUGAUGAAGAUGAAGGUUAUAUGUUGAAGAAGUUGGGAGGAUACCAGGGCAGUGCUGGGGAUUCGUUCAGUGAUAGUCUUGGCUCUAAGUUCAGCACGUUAGACCACAACCGAGAUCCCCAAACUUUCGAAUGUGUUUUUAAAAAAAAUGCAGGAUGGUGGUUCCGCAAUUGCAGCGAAUCAUUGCUUACUGGUGAAUAUUACGAGGAGAGUGAAAUGUUCGAAAAGAGGGAUGGAAUCUAUUGGACUACAUUCCGUGGAAAGAAUUACUAUCUUAAGCAUGCGAAGAUGAUGAUUAGACCAGCGCCACUGACUAGGAUGUUACAGUCUCCCGAAAGCACUGUUUAAUGUAAAAUUCGUGAUGACUAAUUGUUUUUAGAACAAUUUUAUCUACUCCUAUAAUUUACUAAAUUAAAAAAGAUGUCGGUGA